CCUGGCCUAUAAGUGUGAGGAUGGUGGAUUCAGAGGACGUGCACGUACGUAGUGACCAAGCUCCUUCGUUCGUUUCUCAAGAUCUGCUACACAAACAAUGGACGUUAGUCACGCCACCAAUCAUUCCUCAUCAAUGUCUACACGGCCACUCUAUGAAGUGUUCCUGAGUUUCAGAGGGCCAGACAUGCUCUGCUGCUUUGCAGAUUGCCUGUACACCAGCUUGACUGAAUCUGGGAUUGGCGUCUAUAGGGACGAGGAAGAGCUGGAGAGAGGCGAAGAAAUCAUCCCCCAGCUGAUCCAGGCGAUCAAGCAAUCCAAGAUAUCAAUACCCGUCAUCUCCAAGGGUUACGGGUCCAGCAAGAGCUGCCUCAUGGAAUUGGAGCAAAUGGUGAAGUGCAAGGACAACGAGAGUCACGUUAUCAUCCCCAUCUUCUACCACGUCGACCCAUCACAUGUACGCAAUUGCGAGGGCCCUUUUGGGAAGUCCUUGGGCGGGCAUAAAAAGCGCAAAAUUGAUGGCAGCAUCAUUAAUUCCUGGAAAUCUGCUCUCCGUCGGAUAGGAAAUCUGAAGGGACACCAUCUCGACAAAACCAGUAAAGAGUCUUCUCAUGGCAAGCUCAUAAAGCAAAUUGCCGACCAAGUUCUGCAGAAGCUGGAAAAGCAGGACCUAAUUGUUCCGAGACAUUUAGUGGGAGUCGAUCCUCACAUGCUAUGCAUAAUGGCAAAGCUAAAGGUUGACUACCGAAAUAAGAAAGCGGUUAAUAUUAGGCCCACACGUGAAAAGGUGUCAAUACAUGGCAUCCCAGGGGUUGGUAAGACAGCCCUGGCGAAACAUGUCUAUUAUCAAAUUUAUCAUCUGUUUGAUGCCUGUAGCUUUCUAGGGAAUAUCCAAGCCGAAGCUAAGCGUCACGGCGUCUUGUCUUUGCAAAACAAACUGACAUCCGACCUCCAUAAGGGAAAUGUCCGAAAGUUUGAUUGUUUUGACAAAGCUCUGACUCAUAUUCAGAGCAGGUUUCGUAUCAUGAAGAUCCUCAUUCUCCUUGAUCUGGAAAUGCACUUUUUACAUUCUCAAAAACGAGAAGAGUACAUAGCUCUUUUAAAACAACGAAAACUGAAUUGCACUAACUUAGUAACUGACAAAAACCACUACACCACUAACUAG